GCGCGCCUCGCAGCAGCGUCGGCAAACGCGCGGGGCGGUGCAUCGGCGACUUCCGCCUCGGAGCCCUGGUGGGCGGGGCUUCUUUCUGGACUGCUUCCGGAGCGCUGAGCCGCGACGCUUCAGGCGACACCGCGAACGAGUCUGCGGCUCGGUGCCGGCGGCGUUUUCGUCUUUUCCUCGGUCUUCUCCUCGCCGUCGCUAUGAACAAGAAGAAGAAGCCAUUCUUGGGCAUGCCCGCUCCGCUCGGCUAUGUUCCGGGGCUGGGCCGGGGUGCCACUGGCUUCACCACGCGGUCAGAUAUUGGGCCUGCUCGGGAUGCAAAUGAUCCUGUGGAUGAUCGCCAUGCCCCACCAGGCAAGAGAACUGUGGGGGACCAGAUGAAGAAAAACCAGGCUGCUGAUGAUGAUGAUGAGGAUCUGAAUGACACUAACUAUGAUGAGGUACUUUCGUGGCUAUUCCUUACAGUUAAUAGAAGGACUGACCUGCCUCUGUGCUAA